AUGUCCUCUCCCACUCUUCCUCCAAUUUUGUCACUACCGUCGCUACCAGCCAGUGACCAACUCCAAGCACUCGACACACUCUUCGAGCCAUCCACCGAGCUCCACGCUCUCGUGCAGCCCAUUCUGUCCGCGCAUACUUUUUCCACAUACUAUCAGCUCAUUGAUGCCAUCCAGAGCCGGUUUUCAGCACUCGCAGCAAAGUCAACGGCCUCCGCAGAAAAGCAAACGCUGUAUGGCAUUCUUGGGUCGCAUCCUCGCCUAGGAGCUCCGUCGCCAGCUGCUCAGGCCAAUUUGAGCGAACUUAGUCGGAAGGAACAGGCAAAUCUCAAUAGCAGCAAUAACACUACUGCUGAUGGUCCGUCAGCGGCCGAUCUGGCCGCUCAACUUGCGAGUCUCAACAAGGAGUACGAGGAAACGUACCCGGGACUGAGAUAUGUGACUUUUGUCAAUGGGCGAGGCCGGGAUGUGAUCAUGGUCGAUAUGCGUCGUCGCAUUAGUCGAGCCGAUAUCGAGCUGGAGGUGCAGGAUAACAUCCAGGGCUAUGUUUUACCACGUGCGAUUCGCAUCCCCAUGGCCGAGGUCUUGACCAUGACCGAAGACGCUGAUAGGCACGACGGCGCCGCCAGCAAGAAUACGGACUCAACAAGGCUGUCGUCGGCCCAGGCGCAAUCGAGUUCCUCAAAUGGAAUCGCAAGCCCCGCUCCCCUUCAGGUCGAUCAGGAAGACGGCGACAGCAACGCGCGCCAGAGCCUGACGUUGACCGCGCAUAUCGACACCGCGUCUGCCCAGUCGCAAACAUCACCUGACGAUCUGAACAAUGCCUCGUCUGACAGCCCGAUAGACCCCCUCUCACAGCACAUCCUCAAACGCACCCAGACCGAGAGAUCGAUCCCACUAAAGCUGCGAUCACAUGGCCAGGACUCUGCCGGAGACGGAACCAAGGCUGGCCCGGCGGAACAAACUGUCAAUCCAAGUGGUAUGGACGACCUCUUUGCGCAUCCUAUAGGCUUCAUCCCGCGAUUUCCGCCGCCCCCAAAAUACAUCAAAGUCAAGGCGCAUUCUAAGAAGCAAAAGACAUUCGAUAAAGUUUUUCUAGCGCAGGAGCUUUCCGGCAACGAUGAGGGUGCUGAUCCGGGCAAAGAUGAGGCCAAGACUAGCAACAAGGCCAUCUGGGCAAUGGUAUUCUCCAAGGAUGGCAAGUACCUAGCAACCGCUGGCCAGGAUAAAAUCGUUCGUGUCUGGGCGGUCAUCACCAAUGCUCAGGACCGCGAGGCGCAUGAGCAGGAAGAAGAGGAGGGGGCCAAGGGAGACGGCGGAUGGCGUCUGACAGCCCCGGUUUUCAAAGCAAAACCUAUUCGCGAAUAUACUGGCCAUACUGGAAGCGUGUUGGACCUGAGUUGGAGCAAGAACAACUUCCUUUUGUCCUCGUCAAUGGAUCGCACAGUUCGCCUGUGGCAUAUUAGUCGGUCCGAGUGCCUGUGCUGCUUCAAACACAGCGACUUUGUGACGUCGAUCCAGUUCCAUCCGCGCGACGACCGGUUCUUUCUUGCUGGCUCGCUGGAUUCGAAGCUCCGGUUGUGGAGUAUUCCAGACAAGAGCGUGGCAUUCUGGGCCACUGUGCGCGACAUGAUUACUGCCGUUGCCUUUACUCCGGAUGGCAAAUACUCAAUCGCCGGAUGCCUCAAUGGUCUCUGCAUUCUCUACGAAACGGAUGGUUUAAAGGCGAAUGCCCAGGUACACGUUCGCUCAGCUAGAGGGAAGAAUGCCAAGGGCAGCAAGAUUACCGGCAUUGACACCAUAUUCCACCCUCCUAACGACCCCAAUGGUGAGGUGAAGUUGUUGAUCACUAGCAAUGAUUCUCGGAUCCGACUCUACAAUUUCAGGGACCGGAAUUUAGAGGCGAAAUACCGGGGCAACGAGAACUCGACUAGCCAGAUUCGCGCCUCUUUCAGUGAUGACGGCAAAUUCAUCAUCUGCGGCAGCGAAGACAGGCGCACAUAUAUCUGGUCCACGGGCUCCGUGGAUAGAGAACCGGACAAGCGCGCCGUGGAAGAACUAGAAACGCGCACAUCGAUUGUCACCAGUGCGAUCAUGGCACCAAUUACCACAAAGCAGCUGCUGGGCCUUUCAGGCGAUCCAUUAUACGACCUGUGCAACCCACCUCCCAUCACGCUUGUCAGCCAACCCGACUCCAACCGGUCAUCCGCGUACGGUGAGCUAAAGGGCACCACGAAACCGAAACAAUCGGUAGAAUUCGAGCGCAAACCAGACAACCCAAAACAAACACAGGGUUCUCCUUCGUAUCUCGCGCGCUCUACACACCCAGACGGGAAUAUCAUACUAGCCGCCGACUACUCUGGUCGAAUCAAAGUGUUCCGCCAGGAUUGCGCGUACAAGAAGCGGCCGAGCGACUGGGAUGCCGGAUCGACGUUUUCCAAGAAGAUUUUGGGACGAUCCAAUUCAGCGCGACAUAGUAUCGCGUCGUCGAUCGGGCGUGAAUCCAAGUCGCCGUCGGAGAGGAUAUUGGCUUGGAGGAGCUCUGUCACGGGCACGGAGCUUGCUAGCCUCAAUUCGCCUGCAGGUACCAUUCGCAGUCACUCUCCGCGGAAAUCACAAAGCCAAAAUCGGGUUGCCAGUCCGGGUGGGAGUGUGGCGACCAAGAAGACGCGGUCUGGAUAUGCCAGUCCUCGCACAGACUCUGUCGAUAACGUGUCGGAAACGACAGCCAACGAUAAAACACCUCGUCCUGGGGCAAAAUCCAACAAUCUGAACAACAUCCCCCAAUUCGCAGAAAACGGCCAGAGCAACGCAUUCUGGACCAAAAGCGUCGAAAUCGCCAGAUCGGCCACCCAGCAGCAUCAACAGCAGCAACGAUUAAACCCAAACACAAUAAAUGACCCAACUCGCCGAAUCUCAAGCGUACCGAGUGCUCUAAGCAGCGAUCUGAGCUCGUCUAGCCCAAGUCACGACGACAGUGGGGAAGACGACGAAGUUCUGCGGUGUCCGCGCUGUCGAGGAACAAAUUUCCGUGCGACCAAAACGAGAGGGAAGCAGAAGCUGGUGUGUGUAAAGUGUAAUUUGUCGACGAGAAUAACCACAAAAUACACCUAUCCCUCUUCUUCUUCCUCAUCAUCGUCAACCUCCAAACAAACCACAACCCAAGAUCCCUCGACAUCUACAAAUACGCCGAUAGCCACACUCACACUCAAAACAUUCAAUCCCGUGACAGGUAUAUGCCUCAAAUAUCGCACAAACAAGGCUGCCGAGGUGGGGCGGUUGAUUUCAGGGUUGGGAAAGUUGGCCGCGGGCACGAAGAUUGAACCUUCAUCGGCCGCGGCGGCGGGUUUGGGGGAUGAGUCCGUACCUGCAGCUGUACCUGCAGCAGCCUCAGGGGAUGUUGAGAUGACGGAUGCUCCGGGUGUUGGUGCUGGGGCCGGUGGAGGGGGCAAAAAGAAGAAGGGAGGAAAAGGGAAGAAAUGAAAUUGUUUUCUCUCUUUCUCUCUUUCGUUGUUGUUUUAUUAAGUUGUAUAUAGCGUUGGGGUUGUGUGAAUCCCCAUUGCAUGCAUGAAUGAAGAAUACCCAUGA